AUGGCACCCCCAAAGCCCCUUCUGAUGCUGGCCCUGCUGGCGUGGGCUGUACUGGCUGACCAAGAGUCGUGCAAGGGCCGCUGCACUGAGGGCUUCAACGCCAACUUGAAGUGUCAAUGUGACGAGCUCUGCUCUUACUACCAGAGCUGCUGCGCCGACUACAUAGCUGAGUGCAAGCCCCAAGUGACUCGCGGAGAUGUAUUCACUCUGCCAGAAGAUGAGUAUGAAGUCCAGGACUACAACGAGACCGGCGACAACCCACAGCCAGAGAGCCCUGACCUGCAGACGCAGGCUAAAGAGACUCCUCAGCAGGCACCUGUUCUGAACCAUGAAGAAGAGGCCCCAGGACCUGGGCAGGGCACCUCAGAGUCUGAGGCAGGGACCCUAAGGCCCGAGAUCACUGAUGAAGGGAUCUCUGAAUCCCCAGCAGAGGAGGAGCUGUGCAGUGGGAAGCCCUUUGAUGCCUUCACCGACCUCAAGAAUGGUUCCCUCUUUGCCUUCCGAGGGCAGUACUGCUAUGAGCUGGAUGAAAAGGCAGUGAGGCCUGGGUACCCCAAGCUCAUCCAAGAUGUCUGGGGCAUUGAGGGCCCCAUUGAUGCUGCCUUCACCCGCAUCAACUGUCAGGGGAAGACCUACCUCUUCAAGGGUAGUCAGUACUGGCGCUUUGAGGAUGGUGUCCUGGACCCUGAUUACCCCCGCAACAUCUCUGACGGCUUCAAAGGCAUUCCGGACAACGUGGAUGCAGCCUUGGCCCUCCCCGCUCAUAGCUACAGUGGCCGGGAGCGGGUCUACUUCUUCAAGGGGAAACAGUACUGGGAGUACCAGUUCCAGCAUCAACCCAGCCAGGAGGAGUGUGAAGGCGGCUCCCUGUCGACCGUGUUUGAACACUUUGUCCUGCUGCAGCAGCCCACCUGGGAGGACAUCUUCAAACUUCUCUUCUGGGACAGCUCCUCUGGUGGUGCUGGACAGCCCCAGUUCAUCAGCCAGGACUGGCCUGGUGUGCCCACGCAAGUGGAUGCGGCCAUGGCCGGCCGCAUCUACAUCUCAGGCUCAGCUCCCCGCUCCUCCUGGGCCAAGAAGCCCAAGUCGGCACGUCGCAACCGUAAACGCUACCGGUCACGCAGUGGCCGCGGCCGUGGCCGCGGCCAGAGCCCCCGCCGGCCAUCCCGUUCAGUCUGGCUGUCCUGGUUCUCCAGUGAGGAGAGCAGCCUAGGGGACUACAACUAUGAUAACUACAAGAUGGACUGGCUUGUGCCUGCCACCUGUGAGCCCAUCCAGAGCGUCUACUUCUUCUCAGGAGACAAGUAUUACCGAGUCAACCUUCGCACACGGCAGGUGGACAAUGUGAAACCUCCCUACCCACGCUCCAUCGCCCAGUACUGGCUGGGCUGCCCAGCCCCUGACCAGAAGUAG